CUCCCGACAGCCCCCUCCAAGCCCCUCUAGCCACCGACUCAUUUCUUUGAGAAAAUUGGUGACCAAGCUUGGGAUUUUCUCCUUCUUUUCUUGAUAAGUAACAAGAUUUGGAGCUUAGAAUAUUCCCUCUCAACCCAGAAAUCCCGGAUCUGCUCUGCUUCUUCCUCCCUUGUCCGUCGGGUUCUGCUGGGUUUGAAUCCUUCGGCUUUUUCUGGUAAGAAGCAGCCUUGAAUUCAUCCUUUCUCUCUUCAUUUGGCUUGGGUUACUCUAAUUUUGUUAUUGGUUCUUGAAUUUCUGGAUUGUGCCGUGAGUUUCCCCCCUGGAUCCCGUCGGCUUCCUCACCAGCCAAGCUCGGGUUCUGCUGGCUGGAAUUCUGGAAUAAUCCCGUGACUUAGCCAUUGUUGGCCAAAGCCGUGGGUCUCCAUUGCUUGUCCGGGAAAUUGGAAUGAAUUUUGGUAGCUUAAAGCUAUGUUUUAAGUGUGGUUUAAGUAGAAAAUUAGCUUGUUAUGAUUGUUGUGAGAUUUUGGAGAGAAACCCCGUGAAUUAGCUAUGUUUUGCCAAUUUUGGAAGUUGAAGUUACUGUUCACGGGGUACUGUUCAUAGGCACUGUUCACACACCGAGGGUCAAUAAUUAACGGGGAUUUAAACGAUUAGUUUGUGAUAUAAGAAUGAAUUUGGAGAUGUCCGAUUAUGUGAAGAUUGAUAGAAAUAGCACUGUGACUAGGGGUUUUGAUCGUUCCGUCACCGUAGCACUUGGGUUAGCCUUCUGUUCUGUGUGAGUGAGAGUUUGCAAAUUCUGAGUUUUCUGAUAAAUCCAUGGCCACAUGGAAUUUUCUGGUUAUUUUUGAAAUUCGAGAUUGAUUGUGAAAUUCGGGUUUUUCUGUAAACUCUGCAUGGUUUUGUCUCGGAUAUAGUCAUGAUUACUGAUUACUGUGCCCGCUAGUGGGAGGUUUAUAAACGCUAGCACAUGUC